UGGCAAAAUGGAAGUACCGUUAAUGUAUACAGACGAGGAACUAUUCGUCUACAGAACCAAGCAUGAUAGUAAAAAUCGAUGCUGCUUUAUAAAUCCACGCGUGUACACAGUAAUUAAUUCCUUCUUCUUCUUGAUGAGUGCUGACAUAACUUAUUUGGAUUUUUCUCUUAUAAGAUUGGUAUUCGGUGCUUCUCUUCUUGUCCUUUGCUUUCCUUACUCCGAUAUUGUUCAUUUUAACAAGAACACAAUUUCUCUCUGUUGAUCUUAUUGCUUUCUUGAGUCUGUGCAAAGUAAUGGGUCUCUUCUUCAAAUGGGUGUCUUUGAUUCUAGUUUUCUAUUCCUUUAUUCCAAAGCUAAUCUCUUCAAAUAUACUCUAUCUAAGCUCAGAAGAACUUGCUCAAAUCCCUGUCAAUUUCUUUGACCUUGCAAGGAAACAAGAUCUUGUAAAUUACAUGGUCAAUAUCAGGAGAAGAAUCCACGAGAACCCAGAACUUGCUUUUGAGGAAUUCGAGACCAGUAAGCUUAUUAGAGCUGAGCUUGAUCAUUUAGGUAUCUACUAUAAAUACCCAGUUGCUGUAACUGGUGUUGUUGGCUAUGUUGGGACUGGUGAACCCCCUUUUGUUGCUAUUAGGGCUGAUAUGGAUGCUCUAGCCCUGGAGGAGGCUGUGGAAUGGGAGCACAAGAGUAAAGUUCCUGGUAAAAUGCAUGCUUGUGGACACGAUGCCCAUGUGGCAAUGCUUCUUGGUGCUGCUAAGAUUCUUCAAGAUCAUCGCAACGAGUUAAAGGGAACGGUUGUUCUUGUUUUCCAACCAGCUGAGGAAGGACAUGGGGGAGCCAAGAGAAUGUUGGAUUCUGGAGUGCUCGAGAAUAUUGAUGCCAUCUUUGGGUUGCAUGUUUCUUUUUUGCAUCCUAUUGGUACAGUUGGCUCAAGAGCUGGUCCCCUUUUGGCUGGGAGUGGUUUCUUUGAGGCAGUUAUAAGUGGAAAGGGGGGACAUGCUGCCAUUCCCCAGCACUCAAUAGAUCCUAUUAUAGCAGCUUCCAAUGUGAUUGUUAGUUUGCAACAUCUUGUUUCGCGUGAAGCUGAUCCACUGGAUUCACAGGUAGUAACAAUUGCAAAAUUCCAAGGAGGUGAAGCAUUUAAUGUUAUUCCCGAUUCUGUUACUAUUGGUGGCACAUUCAGGGCAUUUUCUAAAGAAAGCUUUAUUCAACUCAAACAACGAAUCGAAGAGGUAAUUACAAGACAAGCUAGUGUUCAAAGGUGCAAUGCAACUGUCAUGUUUAAUUCAGACGAGAAGCCCUUUUACCCAGCAACUGUAAAUAACCAAGAUUUGCACAAGCAUUUCAUAAAUGUUGCAACGGACAUGCUGGGUGCACAGAACAUUAUCGAAAUGCAACCAGUGAUGGGAGCAGAAGACUUCUCCUUUUUUGCAGAAGCGAUUCCUGGAUACUUCUUCUUUGUUGGGAUGAAAAAUGAAUCUCAAGGACCAAUUCGAAAUGGUCAUUCACCAUAUUUCACAGUCAAUGAAGAUGUGCUUCCAUAUGGCGCAGCAUUAUAUGCAUCAUUAGCUACAAGGUACUUACUGGAAUAUCAACCAGAAUCCAAGCCAUCUGAGGGAAACAUCCACGAUGAGUUAUAGGUAAUUGCAAUCAAUAGAUAAAGGUUAAUAAUGCCAUAAAGCAUUAUCAAAUUGUUGACUGCAUAUCAGAAACAACUAGACCUGUAAAUUUGAAUUUUGAUUCGGAUAUUUUUAUGCCUGCAGAGCUCACAUUGACUGUGCAUUAUCAUAUUUUGUGUCUAUAUUAGCAUUGGGCUAUUUGUCA